AUGGUUUGUCCGUUUGUUUGUUUGAGAAACUCCAAAAAUCGGAAGGUUUUCUUUCUCGCUUCUCACUUUGUACCUGCUGCCAUGAGCGCGAACACUAAGGGCAAGACCGUGAGCGAUAAAAUCAAGAUCGCUGUGAACAAGGCUUUGAACUCGGAUAUUGUACAGAGAUACGUCAGAACGGUGAAUAGAUUUGUGAGAUAUACAUGGAAGUUUGGUACUUUUAUCGGUGUCACGACCUGGACGGUCGCUUCCAUUCUUUGCAUCACGGCAGUACCCUUUUUCCUGGAAUUGGAGCGUGACCAGCUUGCGUCGGAGGCGGAGAGAAGGCAGACGGACAUGCUGCGCCGACGUGGCUACAGCGAGCUGCAGAUUAACAGACUCAAGAACAGCAACGUGUUACAAUAGGGGGAUUCUUGACUUCGUUUUACUUGUUGUUUUACUUUGGUUCCU